AUGUCUUCCGACGAAAAGGAAAUGUCCCCCGUGGACGCCGCCCCCGAGACAAAUGCCUCGAAACGCAAGGCCGACGUCGAGGAGAUCGAAGUCGACCUCGCCGCCCCCGAGCCCCCCUCGAAGCGCGCGCGCCGUGCGAUGAAGAAGGGCAAGAGCGUGACGUCGAAAGCGAAAAAGGACAACAACAACGACGACCUCGAGGACGAAGACGCCGCGAGCAAGGACAACAAGGACGACAAGGACGGCAAGGCGGCGGCCCGCUCGGAGCACGGCGUCUGGAUCGGCAACCUUCGCUUCACGGUGACGCCCAAGGAGCUGCGCCAGUGGCUGGUCGACAACGCUGGGGGCGUGCUUACCUCGGAGAUGAUCACGCGCGUGAAGCUGCCCGCGUCCAAGGCCGGCCCCGGGGGGCGCGCCAAGGACGAGCCGCCCACGAACAGGGGCUUCGCGUACGUCGACUUCUCCGACGUCGGCGGCAAGCUGGCCGCGAUCGCGCUGUCCGAGACGGAGUGGCACGGGCGGCGGCUGCUGAUCAAGGACUCCAAGUCGUUCGAGGGCCGUCCGAAGAAGGAGCCGGAGGAGAAGGAGGGGGGCACGGCACGCGGCCAGCAGGCUGCGGCGGCGGUGGAUCCCAAUGCCAGUCGCAAACUCUUCGUCGGCAACAUGAGCUUCAAGACGACCGAGGAGGACGUGCGGCGCAACUUUGACAAGUGCGGCGAGAUCGAGUGGGUCAAGGUGGCGACGUUUGAGGACACGGGCAAGUGCAAGGGCUACGGCUGGGUCAAGUUCAAGGAGGCCGAGGCCGCGGCGUGGGCGGUCAAGGGCUUCGUCAAGAUCAAGGAGGCUGUGGAGACGGAGGACGACUUCCGGGAUGAUGAUGACAAGGACGGCGGCGACGAGGACGAUGACGCCGCCAAGGACGAGGAGGGGGACGAUGAUGACGAGGCAAAGACGAAGAAGAAGAAGCCGGCCAAGCAGCAGCAGCAGCAGAAGCAGUUCAAGACGCGCAAGUGGUACGUGAACCGCAUGCUCGGCCGCGAGCUCAAGCUGGAGCUGGCCGAGGACGAUCAGUCGCGGUACAGGAAGCGCUUCGGCAAGGAGCGGCCGGCCGACGCGGCGGGGGCGAACGGGCGGGGACGCGGACCGCGCGAGAACGGCGGCGGCGAGGAGAGACGGCACAAGAAGGCGGACGGCCCGGUAGAUUUGCAGGAGGCGCGGUUGAUGGGCAAGGUGGUUGAGCACACGGGUACCAAAGUCACGUUUGAUUAA